AUGUCAAGUGCACUCUCUCCAGGAAAUGACCGACCUCACAUCGCCACUGCUCAAGAUGGUUUCAGUCAAACGGCGAGCAGCCUGUGGAGCACAGAUGAAUGCCUCUUCAUCCACUUGCAAGCCGAACUGGCACUCGCCGUGGUGAGCCUCUCGAUCGCGUCGGCAUUUCCACUAAGCGGCUCGAUCACCUACCAGAACUUUUGUCAGUUCUUCGAAGAGGUAGCGAAAGGUUCUCCAGAAGGAGUAUCGGAAUGUACCACUAGUAUCAUUCCAAAGAGCGAAAUUGACUACUGCUCGAAAGAGGAAGAACUGGUGGCGUCAGUGUGGUGGAAGACACAGAACCUGGUGAUAAAGGCGCGUCACGCAGGUGGUUCUAAGCAACUGAAGUGGUGGCUAGUUACACCAGGAGUCUUCGAUGAGUACCGGGACAUCCGUAGCAUGAUCAGCUAUAAUACAGAGGUCGAGAACUCGAAGGUUCACCCGACGAUCUGGGCUUUCCUCAACCGUGUCGUCCGCGAGAAGUUCCUGUAUUCAUGCACUGCCAAGACUACAAGUGCAAGCACCGACAAGAGUGGCAUCGCUUCUGGAGUCGUCGCUAACUACAUUGCGGCUGACGGCCUUGCGAUAUAUCCAACCCAGGUUAUUGAUAGGGGGCCCUUGGAUGACCCUUCGGAUGUCGAAGGAGGCGAAGAGGGAGAAGAGACGGAGGAUGAUUUGGACGAAUACUACGACGAAGAAGAAAAAAACGGAGAGGAAGAAGAAGGGCAACCAACCAAAACGCGCUUCAAGUCAACCAGCAAGUUCAAGAGAGGUAGCGACCAUUCUGCAAAUCGCGCCCAAAACAACUUUUGGAACGAUGAAGAGCGACAAUAUCUGGUGGAUAGAUGUAAUGCGUCGAUAACCAAACAUGGCCUGGUCGCUUGGCUUGACGACUUUACACAAGUCGCCAGUGAAGUCUGCAACCAGAUCAACGCACAUCGGUCUCAACACCCGGAAAGGUAUGAUGGUGGUUGUCCUCGGGGUAUCGAUUCGGUCCGCUCCCAGGCGAUCAGGAUGAGUUGCAUCAAGUAUUGGCACGUAAAGGCCAAAGAUUGCAAGGCGAAAAUAGAGAAGGGUGAGACUGUCGAGCCUGAGAUGCUGAACCUAGUGGACCCGAUCAAGUUCGCGGAUGAAAGCCCCUGA